GGAAUAACACUGGACUGUCACUUGGUUAUCUGAUAUUCAGGCGAACCAAGAUGGAGUUCCAGUGGAAGCCAGACGAACAAGGACUUCACGAGAUCUUACAGCUUUUGAGAGAGUCUCAGUCGCCAGACACAAACACACAAAGAUCUGUCCAAAAAAAACUUGAACAGCUCAGUCAUUUUCCUGAUGUCAACAAUUAUUUGAUAUUUGUUCUCACAGAACUAAAGUCGGAAGAUGAACCCACUCGUUCUCUUAGUGGACUUAUUUUGAAGAACAACGUCAAGGCCCAUUAUCAUAACUUUCCCAGUGGAGUCUCCAACUUUAUCAAAAGUGUGUGCUUGCAGAACCUUGGCGACUCCUCACCCCUCAUCAGAGCUACUAUAGGUAUACUUAUCACCACCAUUGCAUCUAAAGAAGAACUGCAGAACUGGCCUGAGCUUCUACCCAAACUCUGUUUGCUGCUGGAUUCAGAGGACUUUAACACCUGUGAAGGAGCAUUUGGAGCUUUGCAGAAGAUAUGUGAGGAUUCAGCUGAGGUACUGGACAGUGACAUGCUACAUCGACCACUUAAUGUAAUGAUCCCAAAAUUUCUGCAGUUUUUCAAACACUGCAGCCCAAAGAUUAGAUCUCGUGCCAUUGCUUGUGUUAAUCAGUUUAUCAUCAGCAGAACACAGGCCUUGAUGUUGCACAUAGAUUCCUUUACUGAGAACUUGUUUGCAUUGGCGGGGGAUGGAGAUCCGGAGGUAAAAAAGAAUGUGUGCAGAGCUUUGGUCAUGUUGCUGGAGGUCCGCAUGGAUCGUCUUCUACCUCAAAUACACAACAUUAUUGAGUACAUGUUGCAAAGAACACAAGACCAGGAUGAGACUGUCGCUCUGGAAGCUUGUGAGUUCUGGCUUUCACUUGCAGAACAGCCCAUCUGUAAGGAUGCACUUUGUGGACACCUUUCCAAGUUGGUACCAGUACUAAUCAGUGGAAUGAAAUACUCUGACAUUGACAUAAUUCUGCUUAAGGCGGACAUGGAGGAGGAUGAAGCUAUUCCAGACCAUGAGCAAGACAUUCGUCCUAGAUUCCAUCGUUCACGCACAAUUGGUCAGCAACAUGAGAGUGGCAACAUCACUGAAGAGGAAGAUGAUGAUCUGGAAGAUGAUGAUGACAUCUCAGACUGGAAUUUGCGCAAAUGCUCUGCAGCAGCGUUAGACAUUCUUGCCAAUGUUUUCCAUGAAGAUUUGUUGUUGCACAUUCUCCCUUUGCUAAAAGAAUUGCUGUUUCACCCAGACUGGGUUAUCAAGGAAUCUGGAAUACUUGUCCUAGGAGCCAUAGCUGAGGGCUGUAUGCAGGGUAUGAUUCUAUAUUUGCCCGAGUUGGUACCUCACCUGGUGCUGAGUCUGUCUGAUAAGAAGGCUUUAGUUCGAUCCAUCACUUGUUGGACACUGAGCCGCUAUGCACACUGGGUAGUAAGCCAACCUGCCGACGCCUACCUCAAACCACUCAUGACUGAGUUGCUCAAAUGCAUACUGGACAGCAACAAGCGUGUGCAGGAGGCAGCAUGCAGUGCUUUUGCCACUCUGGAGGAGGAGGCAUGUACUGAGUUAGUGCCUUAUCUGGCAUACAUUCUGGACACAUUAGUCUGUGCCUUUAGUAAAUACCAGCACAAGAACCUGCUCAUCCUUUAUGAUGCAGUUGGCACCCUGGCAGAUUCUGUUGGCCUCCAUCUCAACAAACCAGAGUAUAUUCACAUGUUAAUGCCACCACUGAUUCAGAAGUGGAACCAGUUAAAAGAUGAAGAUAAAGACCUUUUCCCUUUGUUGGAGUGUUUAUCAUCUGUGGCCACUGCCCUUCAAAGUGGUUUCCUGCCCUACUGUGAACCAGUUUACCAGCGCUGUGUGAAUCUGGUACAAAAAACACUUGAGCAAGUCGUGCUGCAUCAGUGCCAGCCUAAUAUCUACGAAGCACCUGACAAAGAUUUUAUGAUAGUAGCUUUGGAUUUGCUGAGUGGACUAGCUGAGGGUCUUGGUGGCAGUAUUGAGCAGCUGGUGGCUAACAGUAACAUCCUUACUCUCAUGUAUCAAUGCAUGCAGGAUAACAUGCCAGAGGUAAGACAGAGUUCUUUUGCCUUGUUGGGGGAUCUUACGAAAGCCUGUUUCCAGCAUGUCAAACCAUGCAUAGUGGAUUUCAUUCCUAUCUUAAGCACAAAUCUGAACCCAGAACUGAUAUCUGUGUGCAACAAUGCAACCUGGGCUAUUGGAGAAAUUUCUAUUCAGAUGGGUGCUGAAAUGCAGCUUUAUGUCUCCAUGGUUUUACACCAACUAAUCGCGAAUAUUAACAGACCAUGCACCCCUAAGACACUUCUGGAGAAUACAGCCAUAACAAUUGGUCGUCUCGGUUACGUUUGUCCUCAAGAGGUGGCACCCAUGCUACAGCAGUUUAUAAGAUCCUGGUGUACCUCACUACGCAACAUAAGAGACAAUGAGGAAAAAGACUCGGCUUUCAGGGGAAUCUGCUCCAUGAUCACAGUUAACCCUGAAGGUGUGGUGCAGGAUUUUAUAUUUUUUUGUGAUGCCAUAGUAUCCUGGUUGAACCCUAAAGAUGAUCUGCGGGACAUGUUCUAUAAGAUAUUAUUUGGGUUUAAGAAUCAGGUUGGAGAAGAAAACUGGAACCGGUUUUCAGACCAGUUCCCCCUACCUCUUAAGGAAAGACUUGCAACCUGCUAUGGAGUCUGACUUCUCCCAGGAAAAAAUGGAGGUCAGUAUGGAUACCACUGGAACUUCUGAUGUCUAGGAAAACCUUGGCACUUUCUUGGUUGAAGAGCAUUUCCUGGUCUGUAUGUUGCUUCAAAGCCACCUGAAAGGGAUUCAAUGGGAUUACUUGUGAAUCCACAAAAUCAGGAAAACAGUAACAUGAGGAUUACACCACAAUAUAUAAAUAUUUCUGUGUAAAAUGUGAAAAGGAUGAGAAUUUAGGAAAAUGCCAAAGUAGUAAUCUUUCUUAAAAUUAAUCAGAUGGCUUACAGAUCUACAAAUACAAUUUGGAAUUAAUUACAUUGCAACACUAGCAUUAGAUUGUAAUUGCUACAAACUAUGAAGAUUACACACACACACACACACGUGUGUGUAUAUACUGUAUGUAUAUAUACUGUAUGUAUAUAUAGAUACAAAUGUCCAUGUUCACUAUUAUUCAACCCCCAUUCUCUGUGCGGUACUCCUGUUGUCUUGACAAUCUCUAAUAAACAAUUUCGGUAGGUGCUAACAAGUUUUUGACACCUCUCUUGUUCAUGGGGAAGCUUCCAGAUCAGUAAAAUUGAAUGAAUUUUGAUGAAUUUCUUUAAAUCCCAACCGGUGUUUUUAAAUGGGAUUUAAAUCUGGAAACUAAGAAAGGCCAUUCCAGGAUAUUCCAGGACUGAUUCCCUAACCAGGUUUUGGUUGACCUGAAAGUGUGCUUGAAAUGCUUGAAAUCAUUGGCUUGCUGGAAAGUCCAAUUAUCAACAAGGUUCUAUUUCUCAAAAUGCCAUUGUAUUAUUGUGGCUCUAUUAUGCCAGUCAUAUGUUUCUGCAGCAGAAAAUAUCCCUACACAAUCACGGACCCAUCUCCAUGCUUGACUGGGGGAAUAGUCUUCUUCAGGUCACAAGCCUUGCCUUUCUUGAGCCAGACAAACCAUUGAUCCAACGGUCUGUCUGUAAAAAAAAAAAAACUCGUAAUAACUGCAAGUAAAUCUCUUAGAAUUUGUAAAGCUCAGGUGAUGCACUAAUACAUCCUUGUACAAUUUGUUGGUUUGUUAUGUUAUGUUUGGUUUGUUAUCUUAUGUUAUGUAGGUUUAUGUUUUGAUGUGAUCUUAUGCACGGUUUUGCAGAUGCUUGUAGUAACAUUUCUGACUAACGAAAUUAAAAUUAUUAUUUGAAUGGUUAUUGCAUGGGGGUGGCCCUGUAAGUUUUCUUUGUUCACCUCCUCUUAAAAGAAAGCACAUCCAGAUUAAAAUCUUGGGAAUUACAUUAUAAGACAGUACUUGCGUUUUGGCAAUUAUUGCCAAAUGGUCUAAAGUGCAAUGGUCUAAAUGCACCAAAUGCAAUGGUGCAAUGGUCUAAAAUGUCAGAGUAUAUUCUAGAAUGUAAAAUUGGCAUUUGAUCUUACCUAAAUUACCUAAAAUACAUCAGGUCAAACCUAGUAGUGCAGAUGCAGUAAGAACUUGGAGGUCAAUCUAUAACUAUGAUAUUCUUUUAAAAGCUUACCAUAUUUGUAGCUUUGUAUGCAUUUGCUUGUUAAAAGUAAAAAAAAAACUCUAAUUUAUUUACAUACAUUAAUAGAAAGUUAUUUAUUAUUUAUAUAAUAUUUCAUAUAUAAAUAUAAAAAUAUAAAAUAUAU